AUGAAGCUCCUAUCAAUCAGCGCCAUCUUCGCGAGCUUGCUGGCCUCAUCCGCUGCCAGCACCGAGGGCCGCUCGACCGCAAAGGUUCUGCCCGUCGAGUAUGACAACGGAAGCGAUACCCAAUACUACCGAAUUCAGCUCCCCAAGGCCCUGAAGGCUGGAGAACAACAAACAAUUGGCAUCUCCUUCAGUUACCUCAAGGCCUAUGCCCCUCUGCCCUCUUCUAUUAGGCAGGAUGAGAAGCAGUACCUGACCUACGAUUUCUCUGCCUUCUGCCAGUCUGCCUACGUAACCGCUAAGCAAAAGACCGAAGUCAAAUUUUCCUCGAGCAACAUCCCCGACUUCACCACCAUUGGCGAAGGCCGCCUUCGCUCACGCCCCGCCCGUGUUCGCUUCGAGUUUACCAAGCCCGUCCUUCACGUUGCCACCCUCGAGCGAGAUAUCGAAGUCAGCCACUGGGGUGGCAAUGUCGCCUUUGAGGAACGCUACGACCUGUACAACCGCGGCGCCAAUAUGUCGAGCUCCUUCAGCCGUGUCAAGUGGCAGCAGUCGCAAUACUCGAACCCCACGACCUGGGCUCUCAAGGAGCUCAAGUUCCCACUCAGCGUCGGUAGCGCCGAUACCUAUUACACCGAUGUGAUCGGCAAUGUUACCACUUCGAGGUUCCGCAGCAACAAGCGCGAGGCCCUCCUCGAAGCCAAGCCCCGCUACCCCGUCUUUGGCGGCUGGAAGUACCCCUUCACCAUUGGCUGGAACGCCAACGCCAAUAGCCACUUGAGGAGGACCGAGUCUGGGGAAUACGUUCUCAACGUUCCCUUCCUCGAGGGCCCUAAGCAGCCUGAAGGCAUUGAGUACAGCGAGGUUCGCCUCCAGGUCCUCCUUCCCGAGGGUGCCGAAAAUAUCAAGUUUUAUACUACGAUUCCCGAAUCUGCCAUUACCGAGUCGACCACGACGAUCAGGAGGACCUACCUUGACACCGUGGGCCGCACUGCCAUCAUCAUCACCGCCAAGAACAUUGUCGAUGAAUUCCGGGGCCGCGAGGUCAUCAUCACCUACACCUACCCACUGCUGGCGGGUCUCCGAAAGCCACUCGUCAUCUUCCUAUCUACUCUCAGCAUCUUUGUUGCUGGCUGGGUAGUUGGCGGGCUCAAUGUUGGCUUCUCCAGGACUACGAGAAAGUGA